AUGGAGUCCUGUUUGCAUUUGAAUUCUGCCAAUUUUCUCUUUUACUGGAAGGUUUUGGACGAGAUAAAGAAUUAUGGAGUGAAGCCAAAUGGACAAACCUAUAUCUGUCUACUUAAUGCAUGUGCUGCUGCUGGUCAGUUAGAUCCAGUGUACACAAUGAUUCGUGAUAUGACUUCCGCUGGUGUUGGUUUGAACAAGUACUGCUAUGCAGGACUAAUAGUUGCACAUAAGAACAAGACACCUGUAUCAGAAGAUGUAGCCACCAAAAUUAUUGAGUUUGUUGAGCAGUCAAAAAAUUGGUCAACUGUUGAAGCAUCAACAGGGGUAAAUGCUGAAAAUGUGAUGAUGAAUGUUUCUGAAGAGGAAUUAUACAAUUUACCAACUGCUGACUAUAUUCAUAGGCGUCAAGGAUUUUUGGAUAAGGAACUGACUGUAUACCAUGUGGCCUUUGAUGCUUUUGUGGAGCUUAAAAAUGUACAGGUGGAUCUUCUCACAUCCCUAGCUAUGGAAACUCUUGUGGAGAUGCUUAAGAGUGAGAAAAAGGAUCCUGAUGUCUUUAUUCUCGCACAAAUGAUGAGCUUAGGAAUAGUAGAGCAACAAGACAUGUGGCAACUCAAGAUUAGGAGUCUUACACUCAAGCUAAGCUCAGUUGUAAUCAUUAUUUCAAGAGCUGUGCUGGAACAAGUUCAGUUUAAAACAGCUCGAGCUCAAGCUGAGUUUGACCAACAUUCUAAGAUAAUCAAGCCAAUAUUCAAGCAGAGAUACGUUUGGCUCGGCUCAAUUAUGAUGUGCUAUCUACAUUCUGGAGACCUUGAUCGCGGUCUUCAAAUUUAUGAUGAUUACAUGAAUUCCAAGAAGCGUAUUUACAUAGAACUAUAUGUGUUUGCUGCAAUACUGAAGUCUGGUAUUGCAUGUCACUUUGCUGUUGGAAAAACCAGCUCUCUCUCAUCCAGGUUUAUGGAUAAAGGGAGCCAUGGUAGGGCAUACUCCAAGGGGGAUGCAAAUUGCUUUAGACAAGCUGGAAGAAAUGACGCAGAAAACUUCUUCUUGAAUCCAAAAAUGGCAAAUGAUCUCCUCCUCAUAGCAGCUGGUGAUAAGAAAGGUGGAUAUACAACUGCCAAUUAUUUAUGGGACCUGAUGCAAGCUCGGAAUAUAACACCUUGGUUUCCUGUGGUGGAAGCAUAUUACAAUGGGUUAAAACUUCAUUCAACUACACCUUCCCAUAUUGAUGGUGAAACUAUUAGCCGCCUCCUCGGUCUUUUCCGCCCUCCAACCUCUGCUACUCUAGCAGCAGUAGUCACAGGCGAUCUCCGAUCCACCACUAGGAACAAGCCUUUAGUCAUGGUCGAGAACAUUUUUAAAGAUGAAGCUAACGAGGAAAAAGGAGAGCGCGCCAGAUUGGCAUCGCUUAUUGGUGGUAUGGCAAUUGCUGACUUGGUCAAGACAACUUUGGGACCAAAAGGAAUGGAUAAAAUUUUACAAUCUACCGGCAGAGGCCAUGAAGUCACUGUCACUAAUGAUGGGGCCACCAUCUUGAAGUCCCUUCACAUUGACAAUCCAGCUGCUAAAAUCCUUGUUGACAUUUCUAAAGUUCAAGACGACGAGGUUGGUGAUGGGACAACUUCUGUUGUUGUUUUGGCGGGGGAACUUCUAAGGGAGGCAGAAAAGCUUUUAGCAUCAAAGAUUCAUCCAAUGACAAUAAUAGCAGGUUUCCGAAUGGCGGCAGAAUGUGCUCGUAAUGCUUUGUUGCAAAAGGUUGUGGAUAACAAAGAGGAUGAAGAGAAAUUCAAGUUGGACUUGAUGAAGAUUGCAAUGACUACUUUGAGUUCUAAAAUUCUAUCACAGGAUAAGGAAUAUUUUGCAAAACUGGCCGUUGAUGCUGUUAUGAGAUUGAAGGGAAGCACAAACUUAGAGUCCAUUCAGAUUAUCAAGAAGCCUGGAGGAUCACUGAGGGAUUCCUUCUUAGAUGAAGGAUUUAUUCUAGACAAGAAAAUUGGUGUUGGACAACCAAAGCGCUUAGAGAAUGCAAAGAUUUUGGUGGCAAAUACUGCAAUGGACACUGACAAAGUGAAAAUCUAUGGUGCACGUGUUCGUGUUGAUUCAAUGUCUAAGGUUGCUGAAAUUGAAGCAGCUGAGAAGGAAAAGAUGAAAGAGAAGGUGGAUAAAAUAAUAGCCCAUGGGAUUAACUGCUUUGUUAAUAGGCAAUUGAUUUACAAUUUCCCUGAAGAACUCUUUGCAAAUGCUGGAGUGCUUGCAAUUGAGCAUGCUGAUUUUGAUGGAAUUGAACGGCUGGCUUUAGUGACUGGUGGUGAAAUUGCAUCAACAUUUGAUAAUCCCGAGUCAGUUAAGCUUGGUCACUGCGAGCUCAUCGAGGAAAUUAUGAUUGGUGAGGAUAAGUUGAUUCACUUUUCAGGUGUUGAAAUGGGUCAGGCAUGUACAAUAGUACUGAGAGGUGCAAGCCGUCAUGUGCUCGACGAGGCAGAAAGAUCCCUGCAUGAUGCCUUGUGUGUGCUGUCUCAGACUGUUAAUGACAGCAGGGUUUUGCUUGGAGGCGGAUGGCCUGAGAUGGUGAUGGCAAAGGAAGUUGAUGAAUUGGCCCGAAUAACUCCUGGGAAGAAGUCUCAUGCUAUCGAAGCUUUCUCAAGAGCACUCAUUGCAAUUCCAACUAUCAUUGCAGACAAUGCUGGUUUGGACAGUGCAGAGUUGGUAGCAGAGCUCCGUGCCGAGCAUCACAAGGAGGGUUGCACUGCAGGAAUUGAUGUCAUUUCUGGAUCUAUAGGAGAUAUGUUUGAGCGUGGGAUUUCUGAAGCAUUCAAAGUUAAGCAGGCCGUACUGCUCUCUGCAACUGAAGCUGCUGAGAUGAUUCUUAGAGUGGACGAAAUCAUCACUUGUGCCCCUCGUAGGAGAGAGGAUAGAAUAAUGAGUGAGGAACAAGAAGAACAAGAACGAGUGUUGUUUUUAGAGGAUGGAAAGAAGAAAAAGUUAAAGAAAGAAGCAGCACAGGCUCAGAAGCGUGGUGUUUGUUACAUAAGCAGAAUUCCUCCUCGCAUGGAUCACGUUAAGCUUCGUCAACUUCUCUCUCAGCACGAUGGUUCUUCUACUGAUCAAGUGAAUGAUAAUAAUAAGAAUAGAAAAAGAGGUGGUGGAGUUAAAGCUCAAGGAUACUCUGAAGGGUGGGUUGAGUUUGCUAGUAAAAGUAAUGCUAAAAGGGUUGCUAAUUUGUUAAAUGGUGAACAAAUAGGUGGUAGGAAGCGUUCGCAAUUCUAUUAUGACCAUUGGAAUAUCAAGUAUCUCAGUAAAUUCAAAUGGGAUAAUCUUACAGAUGAAAUUGCCUACAAGAAAGCUAUUCGAGAACAAAAAUUAGCUUUAGAAAUUUCUGCUGCAAAGAGGGAGCGGGAUUUCUAUCUGAAAAAAGUUGACAAGUCUCGUGCUUUAAGUUCUAUUGAAGAACGAAUGAAGAAGAAGCAAAAGAUCCAACAGGAAUCAGGAGCUGAACUUUCUGUUGCACAGAAACCAACAGUUUUCCGACAGUUCCUGCAAACAAAACCAAUUGCUAAUACAGAGAGAAGCAAACCUCAACUUUCCAAAGAUGUCUUGGCUGGAGUAUUUGGUGGUUCAUAG